AUGCAACCUUAUCUUCUUGCAGCUCUCUUUGCACUCCGAGCCGUUGCGCUCCCGCAAUCGGCAGACGAGCAGCCGUCCACUGAGCUCAGCGGCGUCGUGGUCGAAGACGGCGUCGAACUCGACAGCAACUUCAUCACGGAGCCCUUUUUCGAGAUUCUCUCCAACUACACCGAACAGCUAGGCAACCUUUCCGCACCAGCGGAGCAGAAGCUGGCUGAGCGUCAGAGCCCCAACGACCCUGCGACCGUCACCGCGGAAGCGGCUGCCAAGAUGAAAGCACCUGGUGGCGGUAAAGACGGCCUCUUUUACCGCGGCGACUCUCGCCCGCCGUCCGUCAUUUUCAGCAGCGGUUUCACACCGCAGGGCAGUGACAUGAGUCUGCGCAACCACCUCAGCUUCGCGGGCAACUCGGGACUCGUGUCGCUCAGCCGCGACCCGCAGACGGCCCAGUCGUACGCCCUAGGACGCAGCGCCGACAAGGCCCAAAAGGGCUACAUCUAUGUCGUAGCGGCCAAGGACGUCCCCAACGGAUACUGGGUGCCUGGUCUCUACAAUCCGGACAAGAACCCCGCGGUCCGCCGCAACCAAGAGUUUGCCGUGGCCGGCUCUGUUCCCGCGGAGAGCAUCUCUCACGCAUACGAGGUGACGGCCGACAAGCCGUCCGCCAAGGGCCAGAAGAUCAAGAACAACGCCUACUCGCUUACGUCCUCCCUUUCCUGCUUUUCCAAGAAGCGCGCUCUCUGUGACCCGGCCAAGUACACGGAAACGACAACGUCAGGUCGCAAGACAAGGGCCAAGGUGGCCAAGUCCUUCCGUGUCAGCGGUCGAGCCGGCGCAGCCGUGGCAUUCUCUGUGCUAUCCCCCUACGCGCACGACGUGCUGGAUCUGCUCAAGUCGUGGGACCACCCCAUCGGCCAUGCCGUCAACUGGUUCGACAACGCCAUGGCCAGCCUGCAGGAGUCCAUCGGUGGGCCUCAAGUUCCCGAAAUCUACGGCAACACGCUCAAGCUGCGUUUCAUCUGCUGGAUACGCGGCGAGCAGCGGUGGAAGAACGCCGUCGACUAUGCCUGUGACAGGCUCAGGAAGGCAAACGAGCCCCAGCCCGACAACCAAAGCAAGAGAAUCAAGAGCGUCAACGAUGUUCUCAACGCCUGCGAGACCCUGGAGCAGCCCAGCACAGCGCUGGAAACCGAGCAGUUAAAGGAUGAGCUGGUGGAACGCUGCGAAGAGUUCCGCGAGCAGGCGCAAGCUCAAGAUACCGCAGCUGCUUAA